UUGAUUAUGGUAAUUAUCACGACCAUGAACAAGUUGAUUAUGGUAAUUAUCACGACCAUGAACAAGUUGAUUAUGGUAAUUAUCACGACCAUGAACAAGUUGAUUAUGGUAAUUAUCACGACCAUGAACAAGUUGAUUAUGGUAAUUAUCACGACCAUGAACAAGUUGAUUAUGGUAAUUAUCACGACCAUGAACAAGUUGAUUAUGGUAAUUAUCACGACCAUGAACAAGAUUAUGAUAAUGAUCACAACCAUGAGCAACGAGAUGAAGAAUUGAUAGGUUCAGCUGAACAAGCGGAGACAAACCAGAUUAAUACUUCUAAUACUCCAACUCGAACAAGCAGAUGUUCGUCAAGUCCACCGUCUUCACUUGAAACCAACAAUAACAAUGAUGCUGAGGAGGGUUCGAUACCAUUAACUCAGUUGUUUCGAAAAGCCUGUCGUGCAGAAACGCAGAUGAUUAAUGUUAACCAUGAAGAAAUUUUGUGCUGGUAUCAUUAUGGCAAAGGAUACAUGGACCGGGUAGAAGAUAUUAUGAAUUUUCAGGGAUGUGGGGAAAAUAUAGCCAGGAAAGAUGUCUAUAACGAAAUCAUGAACCAUCUUCCGGGUUUUAAUAGAAACAAUGUUCGAAAUAAGACACAAG